GACCAAAAACACCUUCAAAUUCAUAUUGCGGGAAAUUGGACCUGUGAUUCAUCGAAUGGAUACAAAGUUUCGCAAGGCAAUAAGACCUGAGCAUCGCCUUGCCAUCACCUUAUGGAGGUUGGCAACAAAUGUAGAGUACCGCACUUUAGCUGGGCUCUUUGGAGUUGGUCGCUCAACUGUUGGAUUUAUCGUCGUUGACACGUGCCAGGAAAUCAUUAAUGUGUUCCAGGAAAGAAUGAUUAGAAUUCCAGCUGGGCAAAAACUUGAGGAGUGUGUCGCAAGAUUUGCUGGAAGAUUCCCACAAGCAGUCGGUGCCAUCGAUGGAUCACACAUCCCAAUAAAGGCCCCUGUUAAAAAUCCAAAAGAUUACUUUAACAGGAAGGGUUUUUACUCUGUUAUUUUGCAAGGAGUUGUCGACAGCUUUGGCAGUUUCAUUGAUGUCAAUGUAGGUUGGCCAGGCAGUGUACAUGACGCAAGAGUUUUUACUAAUUCUACUAUAUACCAAAAAUUGAUGAAUGGUAGUGCCUUUCCUGAGCAACCUAUCCAAAUCGGCGGUUGUAAUGUACCCCUCCUCUUACUUGGAGAUCCUGCUUACCCCCUUCUUCCAAACCUGAUGAAACCCUUUAGUGAUAAUGGCAGGCUGACCAAUGAACAGAUUACAUUUAACAACAAGUUGAGCAGCUGUCGGAUAACUGUAGAGCAUACCUUUGGUAGACUAAAAGGGCGAUGGCGGAUCCUCCACAAGACGAUGGACCAUGAACUGAAAAAUGUGCCAAACAUCAUAAUGACUUGUUGCAUUCUGCACAACAUUAUAGAAAUGCACCAUGAUCCAUUUAUGAAUCAAUGGGAAGUUGACGCGAUUGAGAACAAUGGCCAAGAAAUUGCCCAACAAGACCCUGUACAUGCUAAUGCAAGGAACAUUCCACAAGCUGCCACAGUGAGAAAUGCUCUUAAGGAACACUUGGCAUAUUGAGGAGAUGGUGGACUUUGAAUUUCUUUUUUGUGUAAAAUAUCUCAAUGUUAUACCCAAUAAUAUUUGCGUAUUACAUGACCCCCAACCGUGGGUUGCAAAGUUGUUCAGUGUUGCCUUCUCCAUUUUUAAUGACUUUCAAAUUUAUAGAGGCGGCUGACCCCUGCCCUCGCAGUGAUGCUCCUGUAUACAAAGCAAGCUCAUAUUUUAUUUGUAGACUGCCAAAAAGAUAGUGGAAUAUUGUUCAUAUGUAAAUAACAUUUCAUUGGGUUUUUUUAAUGUCAGUGUGGAGAAAGUUUCCCUUAUGUCACAGCGUAAUAAAAUUUUUGUUUUUGUUACUAUUGGAAAAAAUUUUACCAUACAGUGUUAGUUUACUGACUAGUUAUUUCUUCCUGUGCACUGUGCGAUGUUGCUACAGAACUAUUCACCAAAAGAAAAGGGGAUCCUUUGCGAGCCAUUAAUAGGUCUAUGUAGGUUACUGAAACAAGCAACCCCCAAUUUAGAAAUAUACUUCAGCUUGAAAUCGAUAGGAUUUUUUUUCCAAAAAUUAAACAUCCAAUGAAACUUUGUGUGUAUAACGUAUGGCAUCAUCCCACAUACAUGUAAGUAUGCAAUAAUGACACUUCAAACGUUCAGCGCAAAAAGUGAAAGCACCUCAAUUCCUUCUAAAUUAGUAAGGUUAUCAUUGCUGCAAAUGAUUCAUUAAAAUAAGAAAUUUUAUCAUUAAUAUCACUUAAGAAAUGGACCAAAAAUGAAAGGUAAGAAUGUGGCAUUGGUUCGUGUAAUGCAUAUUCAUGAUGAUACACACACCAAUGUAUGGCAUGUAAUACCAGGUAAAUAAACAAUUAAAAUACAAAUUUUAAUUGUGCCCCUAAAGAGGG